CGGUGCGUACGAAUGACGUAUUUACCCGAAAAGCUUCUCCGGAGUUUUAACCACUGGUGGAUGUGAACUUGCAACAAGUAGAAGUCGUCCGUCAUGUGGCGCCGGGUCGUUUUGUCGUUGCCGCCGCUAUUGUUGCUGUACUCGGCCAGCUCGGCGGCAAUCGAGCCUAUCAGCACCAGCAUCGCAGUGGGCAUGGCGGCCGCUUUGACGGGCUUUUUAGCCAGCUACCAAAACAUUUUCUACUACUUCCACGAGAGCUGCCGCCCCGAGUGGAUCGCCUUCAAUAGAACAGGUCUGGAGGAAAACCUUAGUACCAAACUGUUUGGGCAGCACCUGGCGUCGCACAUCAUCACCAAGGCAGUGAGUGGCUUCAUGAACAACCCCAACCCCAAGAAGCCGCUGGUGCUGUCUCUGCACGGCUGGACCGGCACGGGCAAGAACUUUGCCAGCGCGCUCAUCGCGGAGAACAUCUACAAAAAGGGCAUGGACAGUAAUUAUGUGCACAUCUUUACCGCCGAGCUCCACUUUCCGCACGCCGGCCAGAUGGACACCUACAAGACUCAACUGCAGCAGUGGAUCAGAGGCAACGUGAGCAGCUGUGCUCAUUCCAUGUUCAUCUUCGACGAAAUGGACAAAAUGCAUCCGGGCCUGAUUGACAGCAUCAAGCCCUACUUGGACUACUACGACAAGGUGGACGGCGUCUCCUACCGCAAAGCCAUCUUCAUCUUUCUCAGCAACGCUGGUGGCGAGAGCAUCGUGCAGACGACGUUAGAUUUCUGGAAUGCGGGCAGAAGUCGAGAGGAGAUCGAGCUGAAGGACGUGGAGAACUCGCUCGCGCUGUCCGUCUUCAACAACAAGAGAAGCGGCCUGUGGCACACGAGCCUGAUCGACAAGAACCUGGUGGACUUCUUUGUGCCCUUCCUGCCUCUGGAGUACAAGCACGUGGUUCAGUGCGCCGUGGCUGCCAUGAGGGCUCAGGGCCUGGAGCCCGACACCGUGGUGGCCGACAAGGUGGCGGCGGACCUGCUCUACUUCCCUAAAGCCGAGCGUGUGUUUUCCGUCAAGGGCUGCAAGACUAUCGACAGCAAGUGGGAAUACUACACAUAGCGGCGGGACCGACGCCGCGCUUUCAGCAUCGCCGUGCGAACUUUCCGACGAGCGGGGGAAAACUGAAGCGGGGUCGCAUGCACUGAACUAAAAAAAAAAAAGUGAUUUCCUUUCGAGUGAAUGGGAAUCUUGAAUUUUUUUCCUACCAUGUGAUUUUUAAAAAACGUUUUAGUAACAGACGCCUUAAUUCAGUUUUUUUUUUUUUUUUUUAUAAAUAAUUUCUCCCAAAAAGGAGUCAUCUACUGCGGUUUUUCUGCUCAACAUGGGGGAGGGAAGAUGUCACAACACAACAAGCAAAAGUGGACAUGCUAUGUUCCCACUGUCAUCUGAAAAAAGUCUAUAAUUGUUUUUUAAGUGUUGGUGACCAGAAAUGUCUAAUUUAUUUUUCGUAAGUAAAUCUUUUUCGGACAAAUUAAUUGGAAUUGGAUCAUUUGGGUGCACUGAUGGGGGUAGGCAUUUUGGAAGAUGAAUAAUAAACACUGAUUUGAGAAAA